GGGCUUUUCUUCCUUUUCCCGCCUCUUCCACUCGCGCUAUUAAUAACUUCUGCUCUUUACAUUUCAUUGUGAUCAUCACUGCUACUCUCCAUGUCUCCGACUCAGGAUUAAAUGGAUGUGCGAAGACAAAAUCACAAGGCAAUGGAAAACAAAUACUGGCUGCAACAACAAGCUGAGAUUGGUAUGUUACAAGACGACCUUCGACCGCAGGCUCGCGUCACAAGAAGGGUGAAUGCACACUAUGUUGCUGCAACUGUUCCUGAAAUGCAACAAGAAAACGCAGCUUCAUCCGUCCAUCAAAUUUUGCAUUCAAAGGAGAAAGAGCGAGUGUUAUGUGAUAAGCACCAAAGGAGAACAUCUUUCAAUGUCGAUAAGUACAAUUCAAAUAGUAUAUUUCCCAGACUUGCUAAGCAUGAUUGUGAUGCUUCUGCUGUAUAUGCAUCCUUUUCAAAAGAUGGUAGCUGGACAGAGGAUUUUUUGGGUUCAAGAGGCAAGCAUGGUGGUGGUUCCAUAGGGCGAAGGAUGAAUACAGAAGGCUGUUUUACAUCAGCAUCAUGCUUCAAUGCGCAAACAUCGAACAAGAGAGAAUAUGGAAAAUGCUAUUCUGAUAAAUAUUAUAUCAUGACAGAUUACGAAAAUGAUGAGUUAAUGGGUUCAAGGGUCAAGCAUCAUAGAGGAUCUGCACUGUCGAGGCUAGGCAAUAAAGAUCCUUCUAUUUCACAUUCAUUUCCUGAAGCUAAGAGAGAAUCUGCUUUCUCAAGGCUUGGCAAUAAUAAUUCUUCUAUAUCACGUUCAGUUCUCGAAGCUGGGAAAGGAUCCGCAUUGUCAAGGCUUGGCAAUAAUCACUAUUCUGUUUCAACUUUAUUUUCUGAAGCUAAGAGAGAAUCUGCAUUAUCCAGGUACGACGAUAAAGAUCCUUCUAUGUCACUUUUGUGUCCUGAAACUAAGAGAAUGCAGGUUCGGGCAAAUGCUGUUGAUGCUUGGAGACUUGGUGUUAUCAGUUCUGCAGGCUAUCUUUAAAUAAGCUUGCUAUUGAACAAAGUUCUAGUUUGAUUUGAAAAUCCGAAAAGAAACAAAGUCAUCUAUACUAAAAUACUGCAAAAUAUGAACUGAGCCGGUUCGGGUAGUGAUCUAACAUGCAAAUACAAGUAAAACCGAUGGUCUUUUGGGGAUGUUUCAUGAGAAACUACGAGCUGAUUUACAUUGUUGUAGAUAAUAGUAGCUCAAGUCUACUUUACUCUAACUAUCCAAGAACUGCAAUGAAAUAUUGUCUGCAGGAAUUAUCAGUCAAUUUUUGCUGGGUAUUUUUUCUAAAAGUA